AUGUCCAAGCCUAGGUUCACAAUCCACUUGAUUGCUUCAGCAAAGGGAUUGCCCUUUGCCUGCUGUACAGUUGUCCCUGCCAACCAGCAGUCCCUGGUCACCGAACUCCAACGUGGAAUGGAGAGUUCUGUCACCCUGCAAAGCCCACCGAACCCCAGCAUCCUGAUCGCUUUGAACCUGGCCGGAACACAGGAUGGCAUGAAGGAAAAGCUACUGGUGCAGCAGAUAAAAGACAGGGUCAUCAAGGAAGGCACAGCAGAAAUGACCUCUGGAGAGGUGGCCCUCUACGUCCUUGCCCUUCUCUCAUCCUGUGAGGAUCCCAAGCAUGUCACAGCCAACAUCAACUUGGUCGAAGUCUUGAAGUUGAAAACCAAGGACGAGUUGACCUACUUGAGUGACCAUAGCAUGCCCAAGACGACGUUCUACCAGCUCAGCCUGGACACCCUGGCUCUGUGCCUGGAAACGGCAGAUGUUGAUGAGGCAGCUCUAAGCCUGGCCAAGGAGGCACUGGCCAAGGACUUCUCUGUGGACACCGGAGCCAUGACAACUCUGGCACUGACCUGCGUGCACAAUGGGCUGGUGAAGGCUGAGCAGACCAGGAUCCUGGAGCUCAUCCACGAGGCGCUGGACAAGCUCCGACAGCUGAUCCUCAGGGCCGUGGAGACCAACACCGCCAAUAUAUACAGCAUCGGCUUGGCUCUUCAGGCGCUCAAUGUCACUUCGGUGUCCUAUCCCUCCGGGGACUGGAGCUGUUCACAGACACUAGCCAAGGUGCUCACCGAGAUCUCCCAGGGAGCCUUUGACAACCCCAUGGCCGCUGCCCAGAUCCUCCCUUCCCUUGUGGGCAAAACCUACCUGAAUGUGAUCAGACUCAGCUGCUCAUCAGAUAUGGUCACGGUGGAAUACACCAUCAUCAACCACCUUAGGGGGCAACACUUCACCAACACCAUCCGCGUGAACGUACCCAAAGGCUCUGUGCUGCUCUCUGUCCUGCAAGCGGCUCAGCAGGACAAUCCACAGGACUUCAGCUAUGAAACAAAGCAAACAUCCUGGGGCCUCAUGGUGGUCUCCAUCAACAGCCGUGCUGCCAACUCCAACGACAAGACCUACUGGCAGUUCUUCAAUGGCACAGAGCCCCUGGAGCAAGGUGUCGACAGCUACGUACCAAGUAACAACGAGCAUAUCAAGGCCGUCUUCAGCACGUACUGAGCAUGCAGGUGGCCUGAGGGAGGAAGGGGAUGCAAUCAAGAGCAGGAGAGGCCUCUUCUGUUGCCCUUCAAGAUCACAAGCUGCGCAAGACCUCUCUAGGCU